UCGACUGGCCUGAGAGAGGAGGCACCCCGGCUGCCUCCUUAGCUCCAAAACUCGUUAGAAACGACGACGUAUUGACGUUUCGCGCGCGUAUCUCGCUCGCAGUGGGAUCUAACAUCAGAACGCGUCGCGCUGUGUGCUGGUGUUCAUAGUGAUGAUAGUAAAUGGGACGAGAACUGACAUCCGGUCAAGCUUCUAUUCUCCAUCCUGGGAACAGGUUGUCGUAGAAAUUCGAGGACGAAAUUGCUUCGAAGCUCAUUCGCGCGAUGAAGUUCUUGUAUAAUAUCCUGGUGUUUAGUUCAGAAAGAACGGUGAUAGUGUGCUAGAAUGAAGAAGAAAGACGCGAGCCGAUAUCUGACGGAAUGACAUUCGAUGUAAAUUACUGAUCUCAAGGAAAAUGAUUCGGCGGAAGGAUAUGAGACGGAUCCUCCGAUGCUGACGAUGAGACUCGUGUAUUGGGUUAAGCGCGAUGAUGGAGAAUACGAGUGCAACAUUGACGGAUUGUCGAUAGUGUUGACAGGUUUUGUGCUCUCUUGUCAAAAUCCUCAAAGAUCCGGACAUGUUGGAGCAGUGAAUGAGAUUCGAUACGAUUGUGCGGCAAUCUCGUGAACAGUUUUCGAAGACAAAAGUGUACGUUGAAAGAAUGCAUGGUGUUUGAAGAGUUAAACCUGUCGCGACCUCGACUGACUGCCAAAAGUCAGACAGGCGAGUGUCUCGGGCAAUUUUGUUUUUUAAAUUAGCUUCUUUCACCAUCCGCGCGGCAUGUGUACCACGGAAAUGACGGAAUCGUACACGAUGUCGCCGUCGACGACGGUAUCUUCCAACGCCGCAACGCCUGGCUGCAUAAACGGCUCGCCGGCGCACCGACGGACAUCGUGCAAAAGCUCGCCAAGUCGAGGAGACGUCCAAGAUGACGAGGAUGAGAUCUCCGUAGGCUGUCCUAGCCCGCUGCCACUAGUGGUCGUAACGCCAAACACGGAAGACGAGUUGGCCUCCUCCAGGGAGGACUACGCCGACCGGCUGAGUCCCAGAAGAACCUACGCGCGAAAUUCGAUGACGGAGGAUGAAGAGAGAGAUUACUCCCGUAACGGAGAAUACAGGAUGUCAAAUGGACGAACCGGUAGCAGAACUCGCGAGAGCGGCGAUUCGGCGAUUACAACGCUCAGAGACGACGAGGAAGAUGAUGAGGAAGAAGAGGUAGACAGCAGGAAUGGUGCGACAACCGCCGGCACGACUGACGAUUAUUUCAAGCCGUUGAAACGUCUGAAAAUGGUGCAGGUGCAACACUCGGACGAGGAGGACGAGAGAGAACGGGAGUCCAACGAUCGCGGGGUCAAAUCCUUCAGUAUCCUCGACAUCUUGUCGCAUCGGCCAAAAGCGAAGAUUGUCCGUCCCUGGGACACGGUGGAUUCCGGCCUCAGUCAGCACCGUCAUCACCUUCAACAGCAUCAACAUCACCAACACCAUCUGCACCAUCAUCAUCAUCAUCAUCAUCACAGUAGUCAUCCGAGUCACGCGGCCGGACCUCGGGACCUCUCGCUGAUGGGUAUGUCACUCGCAUCCAUGUCCGGAUCCAUUAGCGAGCCGCCCCUCAGCAGCUCCUCGUCGUCCGGAAGGAGCUCCGUGUCGGAUUCCGGUAGCCCGGACCCGCUCGCCCAUCAUCACCAUCAUCACGCCGCGCUUCAUCACGCGGCCAUUCAUUCCAGUCUGCAUCACCCGGCGCUCCAGCAGCCGCAACAGCAGCAGCAGCAUCAGCAAUUCAAGAGAAAAACGUCGCAACAGCACGGCUCCAACCAAAAUGGCAAGCGAACUACAGGACAGGGCAGUCCCUUGGAUGCUCUCUUCCAGAUGACUAGCAAGACCUUCGAUGCGGGCGAGCAUAGUCAAGAACAAGCUAAUCACUUGAACCUGUUCAACAAUCGCCAGCAACCGAAAAAGAAGCGCAAGAGUCGGACCGCAUUCACGAAUCAGCAGAUCUUCGAGCUGGAGAAGAGAUUUCUGUACCAGAAGUACUUGAGUCCGGCCGACAGGGACGAGAUUGCCGCUCAGCUGGGUCUCAGCAAUGCCCAAGUGAUCACGUGGUUCCAAAACAGAAGGGCAAAGCUCAAGAGGGACAUGGAGGAGCUUAAAAAGGACGUGCAGACUGUGAAUCCACUUUUGGUCGCUCAACAUCACAAGACUUUUCUAGAGAAUGUGCAAGAUCUGGGAAUUCUAAAGAAACGACCAUUGCCAAACACCAUGGAUGAGAAAUCGUAGAGAUCGAUUUGCAAAAUUCCUCUUUCUCCAUCUUCUGUGUGCAAUCGGGACUCGAUACACGAAUUGAAUAACGGACAGUUACUCGUAUAAUGAUAACUUCGAUCGUGAAGAAAGAUCGAACAGUGAUACGAUGUCGUGUUACGACGUACUAACUUCUGAAAGGCAUAUACGAAAAUUGUUGUUUUAUGCGUCAAUUUUGUAUAGAUUUUUUUAUGUGCGAUUCAUCCUUUGACGUAAUUUAGUAUCCUUACUUAAAAAGAAAAAAAAAAAAAAAAAACACGUGUGAAUAAAAUCUAACAAUAGUCAUCUCUUCUCGAACUUACUUAGCAUUGUUUAGUAAUAUAUUACGAUUAAACCUUCAAAAUUAUUUCUUUUAACAUAAUUUACACUGUUAUUGCAUUUUUCGAUAAGCAAAUAUUCUCUACAAUAGUACAAAGCAGUGACAAAAUCGUAAAUACUAUGUAGCAGAAGAAACCAUAAAAGUAAAAAUUAUAAAUUUCAAUAGAAAUUUUCGUUGUGCUUGUUAGAACUGAAAAAAAAGUAGCAUUUUAUGUCGUAAUUUAUCGGCUUGAAAAAUGGAAGGUGUAUGAUCUGCUGCAAUUUUAUGAAACGCGGAAAACGCGAUGUAUCAUAUUGUAUUUAUUAUCAUCUCGCGAAAAAAACAAAAAAAACAAAAAAACAAAAAACAGAAGAACGGGCCGUGCGAGGAAGGCCGAUUAAAGCCGUCGAUAAUAAAUUAUUAAGCAAAUAUUAUUCCGUAAAUUAUAAAUAACCACGCAUUCUGUGGCGCCAUUGUGUACAUAUACUGUAUAUACGUAUGCAUCGUUCCCUUGAUAAUAUUACGUAUAGACAUGAUAGAGUCGUUAUACAUGAUUAGGAUAAAAAAAAAAAAACGAUCGUAAACAUAUAUAGAUGGGACACUGCAAUAUACCUGAUUAUGAGUUUAGUUAGUAAAUUUAGGCGCGAGUAUAUAAGAUGUAUAUCUACAUACGGUGAGAUUCGUAAAGUGAUAGUGUGAGAUGCGUGAGAGUAAAUUAGGAGCGCGUAUAUAAAUCGACUUAGUACAGUGUAUAGCGAAGCUAAAUAAAUGGAAGAAACACAUUAUUGAAA